CACAAGUUCGCCUCAAUGCCCUUACCAGGUCAAAUCGCAAAGAGAACGUCUUUGCAGACAUCACCAAUAGAUCGAGACCACCCGCCGUAGUACGAACAGGAUCGCGCCUUUCUAGAACACCCAUCGACAGAAAACAUACCUUCUCAGCGAACGAGGACUCAUCCCUCCUCUCAUACAUUGAUUCCUGUGAGCUGAGCUCCCUGAAUUUCCAAUGCUACCCACGCUCGACGACUGCGAUGAGUGCAAGCCGGCAUAUAUGCGACGCAGCCUGGAUUCAGCCCCAACAUCGACAGUUGUGAUAUCUAGUAUACCAUUUCUCUUGACAUGGAUCGCAGCGGUAUACAUUGCUCAACGCAAGCUUUAUCCGCUAUUGACGGGCGAGCAACCAGAGCGAAAGAGCGGGGAACAUGAACUACCAACGUUUAAGCAAGAUGUUUUCAAAGGCGCAAAGUGGAGCGACCGCAUCACAUCUGCUUCGAGAGCGAAGCUAGCAUCUUGGGUCUUCUCGGCCAGCAUAGGACUCUCGGCUGUCCUAAUUGAGCUCUUGCUAUUCGAGAUCUCGGAUACGUUGAAUCCAGCUGCAAGAGGGCUUGCGCUGAGAAUAACGAUGAGCUCUCUGCUGGUUCUCAGCCUUGUUGUGACGCCAGCUCUAGAGAUUCACGGCAUGGUCAAGGGUGUGCUAGGAGCUCCUUCAGAAUCGACAUCGACGCGCAAAACUAGACCGAAUCUUCGUAUCUUCCUCCAGGUUGCACUCUUCGCGUCAUGGUUCACCGUGUUCUGGUAUAUCCCACAAGCAUCAAUUCUGCGAGACACACUGCAUCAUCCCGACUCAGGGCAUUCAGAAGAUCAUUCUUUCACAGAAGCAUGUCUUGAGCGAGUGGGAAUCAUUGGCGUAUCACUUAUGGCGUCACUUUCCGGCUUCGCAGCCGUAUCGUCUUUGUGGCAGACGUUCGGCGUUCGGCACAGGACCGUGCGCGAUACCGACAUCAACCGCAAAGCUGCUGGACUUUCUGCAACUGAAGAGAUGCUCGCCACGAAGCAGAGCAGAGCGCGAGCUUUGGAGCGGAAGAUGAGCCAAGACGCUGCACCUGUCGAACAGACUGGGUUCUUCGGUCGCAUGGUUGGCUCUUUUCGUGGCUCCAACGAGGCACAAGAACUAAAGGCUCUUCGCAUGGAGAUCUCCGGCCUCGAGACCAUGCGCUUCACCUUAGCAGGCUCUCUCAGCAAUCUGCGCUCGAGACACGAGGAGCAAGAACGAUCGCGAACGAAGCUUGGCAGGCUUUUGAAUUUUGCCAACAUGGCCUUCGCAAUCUAUUGCGCAUACAGAAUCUGUGCGACCUCUCUUUCGUCUUUGCGAAGAUGGUCGCAACCGGACCAUUCUUUUGCUAGCAGUGAUCCCAUUAAUAGGCUACUGGCAAUUCUCACAACCCAUUGGGACAGCGACCUAGAUCGCGACGCAUGGGCACGCCAAAUCAGUUUCUUCCUAUCUGGCAUCAUGCUCCUAGCAUCUUUCAAUGCCGUGCUGCAGACCUUUCGUCUCUUCACACGAUUUGCGCCUGGACUGCUUCAACAUGUCCAGACCAGUCUGCCCCUGAUCAUUUCGCAGAUUGCCGGCACGUAUGUGAUCAGCUCUGCGCUGCUUCUGAGAAGCAACCUACCGGCUGAGGUCAGCAGCGUUAUUUCGGAAGCUUUGGGCGCGCCGCUCGAAGGACGUUUUGUGGAAGGCUGGUUUGAGAGCUGGUUUCUCGUGGCUGUCGGGCUCACUGCGACUGGUAUUCUGGUCGGCCGCAAAGUUGGCGGCAAUGAUGAUGAUUGGGAUGAUGAUGGAUCAAUAGAGAUGGGAAAGAGAAGCUAGCGACGUUUUCAUUUUGCUGCAAUUAUGCGCCUGUCCGUAUUCGUGCCCUCCGCUCAGCAGAGAAGCCAAAGCACGCCAAAUGUCAUUUUGUUCGGCGUC